CAUCCCUGCUCUAAUACAUUUCACUCUCAUGCAGCCUGAUGUGACCAUGAUUUUGAAAAUACAAUUGUCUCAUAGAAGUUGUCGAUGGUGAAUGGCCAUUCUAGGGACUUGGGAAGUUUUUCUGUGUUUUUCCAAGCUUUCCACAGGCACAGACACAAGCUUUGUUAAACAGUCAGCCCCUUCCACGUGACUCACAGUUGGGGGUGGUGACUGUAUAAAUAAUUUAAUCCGUGGAGAACAUCUGCCAAACUCCAGGAAGAGCUCCAAGAAGUUACACGCUGGUCAUUGAAAGCUCAUGAGAUUUGACCUCUGUUGACCAACUUAGGCUUCUGAGACAAGAUGGAGCACCUGGAGAACUCCACCCAGCCUUCCACACACAGUCCUCUUCACGCACAGGCGGGGCAAAGCAGCGGGACUGCCUACAUGUACAUUUUAAUCGUCAUCUCUUUCUACGGAAUCUUCCUCUGUGGAAUCAUGCUGGGCUACUUCCACUCCAAAAGGAAGGAGAAGAGGAGGACCAACAUCUUCACACGCCUCGUGCACGAGGAGGAGAAGCGGGAGUGGGGCACGCUCCCCAAAAAACACAGCCUCUGCUUCCCGGGGGAGGCUGUCACGGGAGUGCGCUCGCUGAACCUGGCUUUGCCGUUCUCUGGUAACCACGGCAACCCCUUCGGACAUCUUCGCCAUGAGGGCGCGCUGCCCUCUCCGCUCGCGUGCGCGCUCUGCACGGAGCAAAGCAGUGUCAGCUCUCUAUGCUCCUCUGCGGACACGCGCGUGGCCAUCGAGGAGGAGGAGUCGGACAGCGGCAGCGGGGAGAGUCCGGAUGAGACCCCCAAGGUGACAGUGGAGAACAGACGGGAGGAUUCUGGCUGAAAAUGAAGGAAAGGAAGGAUCGCACGAAACCUUGUCAUGGGGGUUUGCAA